GGGCAAGCAUUUCUGCAGCUGCCUUUCUUGCUGCUUGUGUUUUGCAAACGCGUGCAUCGAAAUAAAAGGCUGACGGAACUUACAAGCCGAACUCACUCGGACUUGAGUCUUUUUAAUAAAGGGGUCUAGCUGUUCGGGAGAAGAAAUGAAGGAGAGGCACCUACAAUUGAUCCUGGCUACCUGCGCCCUUGUGGUUUAUGCCAAUGCAGCACCAAUCGGAGAAAUUAAAGGGGGAUCGCAGUCAUCAGGAGGCCCUGUGGUGGCACUACCAGGAGUAAGCCCUCCAGGAAUUGGUGUCCUUGGAGGAGGAAUCUCAGGAGGAGGCAAUCUAGGGGGAGUGAACCCAGCACUAAGUGGCGGAGGAUCAAGACUGCCUGCUCAUAGUGGUUCUCUUGGCGGACCCGUCAUCGCUGGAGGAAUGGGAGGGGGUUCCCAUGGAUCGCUUCAAAUCAGACCAGCGCAGCAUCCUCAAGCUAGCGGGUCUACCUUCGGCCAAAGCCAUGGAUCCCAUGCAUCAGCGGGAAGUGCACCUGGUGGGCUAUCACUAAAUAUCGGACCGCAUGGCUCUGGACUUCGCUCUUCAGCAUCAGCGGUGACUGCACAUGGUGGGCCAUCACUAGAUCUGGGACUGCAGGGCUCUGGACUUCACUCUUCAGCAUCAGCGGCGGGUGCAGCCAGUGGGUCAUCUCUAAACCUUGGACUGGCACACCCUGGCCAUGGACCUUCGGGUUUGCCUGCCCCUCAUGGUGUCGGAUCAGGCGUAGCAGGACCGACAACUUCGCUUGGAGCAGCCAUAUCUCCUAGUGGAGGAAACAUUGUAGGAAGGGGACACACAGCGCCUGGUGCUCUCCAGCCAGUACAAGUUCAUACACAUCAUGAAACAAGGGUAACAAUUACUCCGGUUCCUCUACCAGGAGGCCCCCCCGGACAACCAGUGCCAUUAUUACCGGGUGCGUCAGGUGCAAUAACGAGUGGCAAAGGGGGUUCAAUCGGAGUGGACACAUCCAAAGGCCACCUUCCACCCCCAUUAGGCCAAGCACCAGCGGUUCCGCCCGUGGUCAUUGUGCCAGGAAGCAAACAGAGCCCAAGCCUGCCAGACGUAAAAGUCGGAUAGGCGCCGGGUGCCCCUCUGCCUCUUC